ACCGUGUUGGUUCAACAGUUACCAUGAUAAACUCUACAGAAAUGUUGAACUCGACGGUUACAAUGAGCAAGGUGGGUCAAUGUUCUGGUGACUCAGAAAUGGCUGGAAUCUUUAAAGCCUUAACUUAUGGUAUCAUCAUCGUUGUAUCAUUGAUUGGAAACAUCGCUGUCAUAACAGCUGCAUGUAAAGACAGAACCAUGAACCCGACAAUUACUUUGUAUAUCACUAAUAUCUGUGCCGCUGAUGUUAUCAUCACACUGGUAUACCUCCCUAGAAUGGCUGUAAGAUAUGCUUUACGAUCUACGCGAUGGGUCAUCGGAGGAACGUUAGGAUCCAUCCUUUGCAAACUGGUGCCAUCCAUUUAUCAUGUAUCUGUAACAGCAUCGAUUCUAACGCUUUUAGCUCUCGCUAUUGAUCGGUUUUUAGCGGUUUUCUAUCCGUUGAAAAGGCGUUUUACUGUCUCUAAAACACGACAUGGAAAAAUAGUCGUUAUUAUGAUCUGGGUGACGGCAUUCCUAGCCCGUUCACCUUACCUUUCGGUAACAACCCUCAGACCAAAACCAAACGAUAAUUUUAUUUGUAGCGCAAGUUUUUCAAAUCUGUUUGACAACUAUCUUUUAAUCCGUAACAUUUAUUAUACUCUUCUACUCGUCGCAUUUUAUCUUAUUCCUUUAGUUUUGACUUGUUUUCUUUACCUUGCGAUCAUUAUCCAUCUUCGAAUGCGUCAAGAAAUCUUCACAUCUCAACCCAGAAUUUUUAACUUCAGAAAGGCAAGCAAAAAGACUGUGUUCACGUUUCUAGCUGUUUCUGUCUCUUUUUCUCUUUGUUGGGGAUUGUAUUUUUUUGGUCAAGUGGUCUAUACUUCGGUUCCCUGCGAAAUACGAUUUUGGAGAACGUUUUUAGCGAACAUGAACUGCGCUAUCAGCCCGUGGGUGUUUUUGGCUCUCAACCCUCAUCAUCGGAGAUUACUAAAGCCUUCGAAAGUGAUGUUAACGGGGAUGUAUUCCUUAUAAGAAGGCGUUUAUUUCCUGAAAGACCUUUACAGCGGUCGAGAAGCGUGACGAUAUCAUUAUAAUAUUAGACUAAAAAAAAAAAAGAAA